AUGGAUGCCUCCAAGACCCCCGUCAAGCUCGCCCGCGUUAUCAAGGUUCUUGGCCGCACCGGCUCGCGCGGCGGUGUGAUCCAGGUGCGCGUCGAGAUGAUGGACGACCAGAGCCGGAGCAUCAUCCGCAACGUGAAGGGCCCGGUCAAGGAGGACGACAUCCUGGCACUGCUCGAGUCCGAGCGUGAGGCACGCCGCCUGCGCUAA